AGAACAUCAUCAUCCCAUUUUGUUUGUCCCCUUCCCACACUCUCUUUCUGUCUCUCACUCGCCCAUUUGCAUUUUCUCUCUCUCCAAUGAUCAAUGACUGAAGAAACAUGGAAACACCCACACUCACAUCAAUCGCUCUUUCUCUCUCAUCACCACAAAAACUGAAAAGGAAAAAGAAAUGACGGGAAACACAAAAGAAAGGAAAUUAGCUAAAUUCAUGGCUUCAAACCUUCUCCAACCAUACCCAACCAUACAACGCAACACAAACCCGUUCUCUUUCUCUGUCAUAAAAAUGUGUUCCCCUAUUUGCCCUUCUGCAACACCUCCAACAAUCGCAUCUUCAUCACUUUCUCUCAAACGACAAUAUUUUUCACCGAGUUAUGUGGACUUCGUUUUGAGUUUUAUUUGUCCUGGUCAGAGUACCACAGAGAAAACAGGAAAGCCAGAAGAACCUUCUCUGUCAUUAAUCUGCUUGUUACCUUUACUUUUUGUUGUUGUUGUUGUUGGUUCUUUGUUUGUGGUUUGCUCUGUUAUUUUCUGAUCCGAUGAAGAAGAUGAAAGGGGUUGUGUCUGCGGAGUAUACACCUUAUGGUGCGUGUGAGGAUCAGACGGCUAGUUUCAGGCAUCAGAGUCUUUUGCGCGAUUAUGAAGACCUGCACGAGGAAACAAAUGCCACGAGAAUGAAACUGCAGGCUGCGAAGCUGAAAAACUCGAUACUGUCGGCAGAACUUCGAUUUUUGAGGCAACGUUACAGAUAUUUGAUGCAAAAUCCUUCUCCAAAACAAGACACUUCACACCAGCAAAAGCUUAAAGUCCAUGCUACCCUUAUCAGAAAGGGCAAGAAACAUAAUAGAGAGGAAUCUACUUUGCACCCUGCCACAACCUCUCAUUUGAAAUCUAAAGGAAGGAUUUCCAAUAGAGUUGGGAGCACAGUGCAAAAAACAGUUCCUAUGUUUGAUUUAAACCAGAACGCUUUGAGCCUUAGUAAAAAGGAGCCUUCUUUUCUAAAUUCUGCUCCAGUGGCUGACUUAAAUCACGAAGAUAGAAUUCAUAGUGGGAAAGAAGCCUCAAAGAAGAACAUCAGUAAAUUUUUUGACUUGAACCAGAUUUGGAGAGAAGAGGAGGAAUUCCUUGGUAUUGAGGCCAUGAGGGUUGAAGAACAAAAGAGAAUUAUCGAAGAACAGCACCAUGACAUGAAGUUGUCGGUUUGUAGAAAUGUUGGGAAUGGUUCAAACAGUGCAAUGAAGAGGAAGAUCUCUUGGCAAGAUCAGGUGGUAUUGAGGGUUGGAACUUAACCAGUUGAGUUGGUAAAAAAUAGCAGGAAUUUGAUAAUAUAUAGAUUUUUGUUUUUGCAUGUGCUUACCCCUUUCAGUUUUAUUUUCUUUUUUGUGAAGAUAGAGCAUAGCAUUAUAUGUUUAAUAUAUAUAAGAUGAGAUGAAAGGGGUAAUUUAUUUAUCACCAGAAACCAUUAUUUCUAGUGAAUUCAAUUUGUCAUCUGCACUGCAAAA